UGUCACCUAAGAGAGCAGACGCGCGAGCUGCUGUUACUCCACAUCUAGAAUGGAUGAAGAGUCGCAGCCACAAGUCACAGCGACUGGAGAAGAAAAGACAUCAAACACGUCGGUGAUCACAAUUUCUGAUCCCAAAUGCAAGUUGGAAGUGGGUCCCAGUCUGCAGCUGCUGGAGGAAAAGUCAUUUGUUUCCGGGCUGCACUCCUUCAUGAAGGCCCGAGGUUCACCCAUCGAGCGGAUCCCCCACCUGGGCUUCAAGCAGAUUAAUCUGUGGAGGAUCUACCAAGCUGUUGAGAAACUGGGCGGAUAUGAUUCAGUGACAGCUCAGCGUCUAUGGAAGAAAGUGUACGAUGAAUUAGGCGGAAGUCCUGGCAGCACCAGCGCUGCCACUUGUACCCGAAGACACUAUGAGAGGCUGGUGCUGCCCUUCGAGAGACACUUGACAGGACAGGAGGACAAGCCACUGCCUCCUAGCAAACCUAGAAAGCCUUACAAGAGAAGUAUGGAUGGGAAGCCCAGCAAGGCAGAGGCCAAGUUGAGUCCGUCGGAUAAAGACAUCGACUCUGAGAGAUGUCCAAAUGUUGGCGAAACUCUCCUGCAUCCUUUCUGGGCGGCGACUUCAGACAGGCGUCACCUUGAUGCGAUGCAGUCCGGCCGAGCGACUGCCGAUUUCCAGCGUGUUCCCAUGUAUGCCAUGUCCCACAGCGCCCCCGCAACAAGCCAGUGGGCGGUUAACGCCGCCUCAGAUGCUGCUGAAGUCAUCUCUCCUCUGGAGAAGAAGAAACGAAUGGCUCAGGCCAGUCUGACCACGUGCGAGGACAACGAGAGACCUUCUGUCAUACGCUGCUCGCAGUCGCCAGUUGGGGCUUCCUCCACCCGAAACUCCUCCGAUGGCUCCCCACAUCCUGCAUCCUCUUCUUCGUCCCGCAGCCCGUCUCCAUACUCGGUGUCGUCAGAGGACUGGGCGGUCGAAAAAUCUGGGUCAGCGCCGCCCCAUAACAUGAAGAAGCCCUGCAACAAUGGUGAAGACAAGAGUCCCAAGAGUCCAGUUGGGAAAGACAGGAAAGGUCAUGGAUCACAGAUGGAGAAUGAUGGGAGUGAACUGCAACGAAAGCAUAGAACCACCUGCUACCCAUAUGUAGUUCUACCUGUCAAGUCGGACUGGACUCCAACACCGAGUUCUAGUUUCACAAAAGUCAAACCAGGUCAACUUGCACGCCCUGCUCCGAUUCACCCUGGAUUUUUACCUCAAAAGACCUCCUCCCCGCAUGACUUUCUGAGCACCAAGUUCAAAGCCCCAUGGUGUCACCCUGCAGAGAGCAGGCUGGACCCAAAGGCGAUGCUACCAAAGCUCCCUCGCCCUCACCAGAAGUCACCUCAAACAACCACAGCCGCGUCAGGAUCCGGCCUCCCGUCGAGUUUCAACAAACCAGCAAGGGACUUUUAUCACCACCCCUCCAUGCCCCCUGUGCUGCUGCCCAACAGCAUGAGAGUUCCUCCGUCGCCUCUAAUGUUGCGCCACGUCCCGGUCAACCCACCCCACGCUGCACUCAUUGGCUCGGCUGCUUACCCAUAUCCUUAUUAUCUGCCAAUGUUGAGUCCCCAAACUGCCUACACCCCACCCACCAUCCACCCCAUGUACCAAUAUAAACUCUGACUUUUAUUCAUUCCCUUCAGACGUGAGGAUUGCCGGUCGCAUUUUCUCGUUUUGACAGAAAACACCUGCCAAACUCACCAAUAUUUUGUUAUCUUCUGGUCUGACCUGGGCAAACAGCGUAGGAUCAGCACAUACCAGUGGUAUUAAUGCAUAGUGGAAGUAAGAGCAGGAGCAAAUACUAAUGCAGACUGUGUAAAACACUGGAACUGGACCACAAAACAUGUUCCUCUCCUGACGGUGGACGAUGAGCUCCACGAAUAUUCAGACUGAUGCGAUGCCAUGUGACCUGGUGGCUGCUUUUUACUUGUGCAUUUUAAAAUAACAAAGGAUACAUCACUUGUCACGUACACACAGGAUAACAGUAGUGAAGUGCUGCUCAUGUGCCAAAGUCUCGGCUGCACAUGAACACUGCUGCUUUCCUUCCCUUUUAAGCUGUAGAAGCGGGACCUGAGGGAGACAGUCAUGCGUGAUGACAGACAGACUGAAAUCCGUGAGAGUUAAUUCAGUAAAUAGUCUGCUCCAGGUAGGACAGAUCUAUCCUAGAGGUCUGUCAGUGGCUGAGAGAGUUUGCAGUUGCCCAAAACACGGGUGCAUUUUAAAGACAUUUGUGUGGACUCAUUCAAAGAAAUAAACAUUCUGACCAUGAUGUGUGCACUGACUAUUGUUGCUAUCUCCUCAAUAACCCACGUCAGCUACAAAAAAGAUCUGUGAUCAAUU